UCGUAGGGUUGUGAACUUCGCGCGCGCGCUACCUUCUACUAUAUAAAUCACCACCCAGUCUUCCAUAUUCUUUUCUCUGCAGAUCGCUUGCUGUGAUGUCUCAUCGUAAAUUUUCUGCCCCACGGCAUGGCUCCAAGGGCUUUCUGCCCAAAAAAAGAAGUCAACGUCAUAAGGGGAAAAUCAAGGCAUUUCCAAAAGAUGAUCCCAAAAAGCCCGUUCACUUAACCGCUUUUAUGGGUUAUAAGGCUGGGAUGACUCAUAUCGUUCGCGAAGUUGACAGACCUGGCUCAAAGGUGAAUAAGAAAGAAGUAUUGGAAGGUGUCACCAUUAUUGAAUGUCCACCUGUAGUCUGUAUUGGAAUUACUGGCUACAUCGAUACUCCACGUGGUCCACGUGCUUUCAAGUCUAUUUUUGCUGAACAUCUUGGAGAAGAGUGCAGGCGUCGUUUCUAUAAGAACUGGUCUCGCUCUAAGAGGAAGGCAUAUACCAAAUACGCCAAGAAGUACCAAGAUGCAGCUGGCAAGAAGAGUAUUGAAAAGGAUUAUCAAAAGCUGAUCCGUUAUUGCAACACCAUUAGGAUUAUCGUCCAUACUCAGAUUCGCCAACUCAGGAAGCGUACCAAGAAGGCACAUAUUUGUGAAAUUCAGCUGAAUGGUGGCACCACUGAAGAUAAGGUGAAGUGGGCUAGAGCCAACUUGGAGAAGCCAAUAUCCAUUGCUGAUGUCUUCCAGCAAGAUGAAUUAAUUGAUGUAAUUGGUGUGACCCGUGGCAAGGGUAUGAAAGGUGUUACAUCUCGUUGGCAUACCAAAAAACUGCCCAGGAAAACUCACAAAGGUUUGCGAAAAGUUGCUUGUAUUGGUGCUUGGCAUCCUAGCAGAGUCCAGUAUUCUGUAGCAAGAGCUGGUCAGAAAGGUUAUCAUCAUCGUACUGAGAUCAACAAAAAAAUCUAUCGUGUUGGUCGUGGUAUUCACACCCAUGAUGGUAAAGUAGUAAAGAACAACGCUGCUACUGAAUAUGAUCCAACUGACAAAUCCAUCACUCCUGUCGGUGGCUUCCCCCACUAUGGUAAAGUGAAUCAAGAUUUCCUGAUGUUAAAAGGCUGUGUUAUGGGACCCAGAAAAAGGAUUCUUACUAUGCGUAAGUCUCUCCUGACUCACUUCAAGCGUAAGGCUCUGGAGAAGAUAACAUUGAAGUUUAUUGACACUGCCAGUAAAUUUGGAAAUGGUCGCUUCCAAACAUUGGCUGAGAAGAGAAACUUUAUGGGUCCCCUCAAAAAGGAUCGUCUUAAGGAGGAAGCUACAUAGUGUUUGAAAAGUCAAUAAUAAAAAAAGUGACCAUA